AUGGCCGUUCAACUUCUCCCUGAGCUUUAUGAACUCAUCCUUGAUGAGGUUCCGAUUUCUGACCUCGAAACACUCCGUGCAUGCUGCCUUGCCGCCUCCGUCCUCCGGGAGCCCUCCCAGAAGCGCAUAUUUUCCUACCUCUUCAUCUCGGAGGGAUCUAGUGGGCACUCGUAUGCAGCCAUCGCUGCAAAAAUGGACGCAUUUCCCCAGCUAUGCGACUACUGUAUCGCCCUUCAAAUUGAUUUUCCGGGCGACCAUCCGAGGGAGUGGCAAGACAAGCAGCUAAUCGCAGAGCGUGUUCUUCGCCGCUUCACAAAAGUUCGCGUGGUAGAUGUGCGUGCUGACUGCCCCGACUCCUUCUUCUACGAUCAAUGGUGGUUGUUCGACGUUCUUCAGAAGUAUACGAGUAACAGCCUCAAGCACCUAAAGUUGUGGGGCUUAGAUCUCACCCCGACUCUCCUUGCGAAAUGGCUCGGGGCGGCUGCACGGAUCACACUCGACAAUGUCAGAAUGUUUGAAGUCCUGCCCGCUGAACUCCUUCCGCCUGUCACCACAACUCGAGUCACGAAACUACAGAUAUGCGACUAUCCGAAAGGCAGCAGUGAGCUGUUGGGCCGCUCCGAGUUCAAACCAUACUUGCAACGCGUUGGCGAACUGCGCCAAGUCCAUAUCAGCGAACAGGAACAACUAGCCACUUGCUUUUCGCUUGCCGACACUCUCGAGCGUCUCGAGCUUUAUUUUGAUCGUAUGUCCAAGCCGAUGCAUUUUCCAAUCUGUUUCCCCCGGCUCCGUUAUCUCUUUCUUGGCUUCCGCACAUUUGAUGUGCCACCCUUCAUGCUGCCGCUUAUAGCCCAGGGAGUUCCGGCGUUAGUCGAGCUUCGCCUACGUUUCUACGUCCAAAAAGGCAAUCCUGCAAACAUCGAGCACUAUCUCGGGCCCCAGGCCCAGCUACUUUCCGAUCUGGACGACGCUCUCGCCACACAUUCCGCCAUCAAACGGGCGGAGUGGUUUGUGUCCUUGGAGUAUGAAGCGUAUUUCAAACGUCCCGUCGCAAAAAAACAGACAGCGCUAUAUGUGGCAGCAUUCCGGGAGAAAUUGGCAGCGCGUCUGCCCGGGACUUGCAGAAAAGGCUUGUUGGUCGUCGACGGAGACACACGGUAUAUGUGGAUAGAUGUUUUCUGA